CGACGCCUAUAAAGGUCUCUUGCAAAUGUUGGUUAAUUUAAUACAACCGCAGACGGGUAACGCGCCACUUCGGAAUUUUUCGACAAGCGUCCGCGCUACUAAUAAAAAAGUGUCAAUUCGAAAGCAUACCGUGGCACGCGUAACAGAGUGUAGCAAAAACGUUUUCCGAUCAGCCAACGCACGACGGCUGCAUUUGAAGUGAAAAUUAUUUAUUUAAAUUUGCGAUAAAUAAUUUGUGUGCGCCAAAGUAAAAAGAAGCAGCCGCCAAAAUGGUUGUCAACUUUAAGGUCUUUAAGAAGGUUUCACCCAACAAUAUGAUCACCUUGUAUAUGAACAAGCGUGAAUUCGUCGACUCCAUAACGGUGGUGGAGCCAGUGGAUGGCAUCAUCGUUUUGGACGAGGAAUAUGUUCGGCAGAACCGCAAAGUUUUCAUCCAACUCAUCUGUAACUUUCGUUAUGGACGUGAAGAUGACGAGAUGAUCGGCUUGCGCUUCCAAAAGGAGCUAACACUCGUCUCACAGCAAGUGCAUCCACAGCAAAAGGUUGACAUACAAUUGACAAAAAUGCAAGAGCGUUUGCUGAAGAAACUCGGUUCCAAUGCUUUCCCAUUCGUUAUGGAGUUACCUUCCAGUUCACCAGCUUCGGUGGUCUUGCAGCAGAAGGCCAAUGAUGAAACGCAGCCUUGUGGUGUACAAUACUUUGUGAAGGUCUUCACAGGCGACAGUGACUGUGAUCGCUCCCACCGUCGCAGCACCAUCAAUUUAGGUAUACGUAAGGUGCAAUAUGCACCCACUAAGCAAGGAAUACAGCCAUGCACAGUGGUGCGCAAAGAUUUCCUACUCUCACCCGGUGAGCUGGAGCUUGAAGUUACGCUCGAUAAGCAGCUAUAUCAUCACAGCGAGAAAAUUGCGGUGAACAUCUGUGUGCGCAACAACUCAAAUAAGGUGGUGAAGAAGAUCAAGGCUAUGGUGCAGCAAGGCGUCGAUGUUGUACUCUUCCAAAAUGGACAAUUCCGCAACACGAUUGCAUUUGUAGAAACUAGUGAGGGUUGCCCGUUAAAUCCAGGCUCGAGCUUGCAAAAGGUUAUGUAUUUGGUGCCAACUUUGGCUGCGAAUUGUGAUCGAGCUGGUAUUGCCGUCGAGGGUGACAUCAAACGCAAAGAAACUUCACUGGCAUCCACAACACUCAUUGCCAGUCAGGAUGCUCGCGACGCUUUCGGAAUCAUUGUUUCAUAUGCCGUUAAGGUUAAGCUAUUCUUGGGUGCUUUGGGAGGUGAACUAUGUGCCGAAUUGCCUUUUAUUCUAAUGCACGCAAAGCCGAACCGCAAAGUCCAGGAAGCCGAGGCGGAAAUUGAAGCUUAACUAAAGUUGUAACUUGAAGAACAAGUUUUUGGUGAUGUUGCUAAUUAUAUACAAAAAUUAACCUCAAAUGGAUCUAUACAAUUAUAAAAUGGAUUACUUAUUUACACACAUCUAUUUAUCAAAAUACAUACCCAAAAAGCGUAUGUAUUCGCUUUGUGAAGAAGAGAGGAAACUUGAGGCUUGUUAUUUUUUAUUAUCUGUUGUUAUCCUUGUUAGCUGUGCUUAAUAUUAAAAAUGAGUUCUUAAGCCUUAACUUACAAUCCAAAGUAUACAAUAUAAUGAAAAUAAAUAAACCUACAUAAAUGUAUCAUACCAAACCGAAUAAAAAUCUAUAUCUAAUCAACUGUAUUUAAUAUAUAAAUAACUUAAGUAUGGCUAUUUAUGAACCUCUUUGUGUAUUUACAAAAUCUGUGUAAUGUUUGUAGAAGGCAUGUUGUGAAUGCUAAAAUUUGCGUGUAUGUAUAUGUACAAAACAUGAAUUUGCAAUAAAAAAAGAAACUUAAAUAA